GUUAGCCCGGCAGUCGCGUGUUGCCAGCCGCGGAGUGCAUGUCGUUUUAUAUCGACAACAAUCGACAUUGUUGUGCUCUUGAAACUAUUUAGUACGUCAUUUAAUGUCGCGUUUGGUAGUCAUGUAGUAGAAUAAAGAGGGAGACCGUGACCGGAGUAGGCAUGAUUAUUAUCCCCAACACAUGAUGGAGUGGACAUUGCAGUGCCUCCUUUGGAUCACCCUGGCGUCAACGUCGGCGUACAACUAUCAAGGUAUCAACUAUCCAUUCUUCGACUACCCUCAAAACGAGGGCACUUACAGAUCGAUUCAAACACGAAAAAUCGAUUCCAAUCGCGAGAGGUUCCCACUACCCCUUGUAAGGGAUACCGACUACACAGCUAGGACCAACAAAAGACCUGUACAAAGAACAAAUGAACGGUCUAUAGCUGUUGACAGUGGAGUACAAAGAGUACAGGAAAAUGAAAAAAAGAGAGUACAAUUUAGGAUAGAAGAUAACGUGCAUCGAUCUGAAAACGGAUCGUAUAAGAUUGUGAAUAAUUAUUCUUUGUUACCUACUAUCUCGAGUCGGCGAGGUGAAAUCCAGGAUAGAUCUGGAGACGCAGUGGUAUUUCCGGGGCCUACUACUGCAAAUUCUUAUGUACCUGAGAUACCCGACGAUUGCAAAGACAUCGGGAUAUGUGAAUCUAUCCCUAACUAUCCACAAGCAAUUGUUGACACCAUUCUUUCAGAGUUAGGUAAAAACAAACAACUGCUUUACCACCUGGAUCAGCUAGACGAGCCGCAGAUCUCGCAACGAAUUGGCCCUGGAUAUACGGACAGUAUCGAUCUGGAGCUUUGCAACUCUAGAGAAGCAAUAAUAACGCCUCAAGCAGCAAAGGAUGUGAAAGGCGAUUGGUAUGUCAUUCUGAACCAAAAGGACAAGCCCAUUCAGGGUUAUCGCGUCGAAAUUUGCAAAUACGAAGGCAGAAGCUGUGCCAACAACAUUGCCACCUUCAACACUGGUUACAGCGCAUACUGCAAACAGAAAUACGUCCAAAGGACAAUGACUGCACUGGACGUAAACAAACAAGCGAUCAUAUAUGAUUUACCUUUCCGGGUACCCAGUUGCUGCUCUUGCGUCGCCAGGCAAAGUGGCAGGGAAUAGACAACAUGAUUUCGACCAGGAAGCGAAACGAAAAAGAUACACUUUUUCAAUUGAAGUGACCACUUCAGUUGUUCACACCAUGAAAAAGGUUUUAUAUACACGCAGUCAAACUUGCUUGAUGCUUGAUGUGUGAAUUCCAAACCAAAAUCAGACAAGUGUGAAGUGCUCACAAAAUUAAAAUAAUUAAAAAGUAAUUAAACACUUGACAAUUUUGAAGUGUAUUCGAAAGCGAAAAUAGCAUAUCGUGAACUUUAUUAGACUAUACUUUGUUAAAAGUGAAUUUGCGUUUGUUUGAUGAUAAGAUAGUUUUAACAUGAAAUUGGACCUGAAUACAAAUGUAUAUUUACGUAAGUAAAUAUGUAUAAAUGAUGGAUUUAGGAUCAUUAAACGAGAAGAGCCUUAAAAUAUGAUGGUUACAAAAGUGGCAUAAUGCUUUGAAGCACAAAAGUGUUCAUCACGCUGAACAACUUUAGUCAGAAAUAAAAUUAAGUGAAAAAAAACUUUCGAUGCGUCGCAGCGAGGUUUUCUAUAAAAAGUAUGGCCAAAUGUAACUUUUUUUGUAUCUGGUUAAAGUUAUUAAAUAUCUUGUUAGUAUCGGAAUGCCCUAAACUAUUAUAUGAGCCGUUUGAAAAACCUCGUAAGACGUUAUUUCAUCUACUGAAAGUAGAUUGAUAUUUAUUCGGAUGAAAUUUGAACCACGCUUUUAUUAAUUAUGAAAUGAUAACCUAUAUAUAAAUAUAAAUUUUUAAGAUUAUCACUUUCUUUAAUGUUACUUUGUUCAAAAUAUUAACUUAUAAUAAUUGAUAAAUAGAAACGAAACAGUUUAAAGUGGUAUUACAUGGUUCUUUUUACAUAAAAAAAUUAUUCUGUGUUUGUGUUCAAAUAAUAUUCUAUUCUUUCUAAGUGUUAUGAAUUGUGAUCUAUUAAAGUAUUUUAUUUGCGAAAAUAUAACACAAUUAUACCUAUAAAAUCGUAUUUGUGUAAAAUAUCGCUUUCUUUGACAAUGUUGCAUCUUCAAGCUCUUAGGUUUUCGCGAUUCCUAUAACAAUAAUUUUUAGCAUAUCAUUUUUUUUAAACAAAUAAAUGUUUCGGGCUUUUUACAGGUCCUAUGGUCACGGCUGACCAUGGUGUGAACAUGAAGAAACAUGUACGCGAUGUAAAUCCGAAAAAAAUAUUGCGUUUGUAAUUUCACAUAAUUAUUAUUUGUUUUAUUAUACCAAGUGAAGGGCCGAACAAGUCAUGCGCCUGAUGGUAAGCG